AUGUCUUCUGAAAAGAAACAUCUGCUUGUUAUUGGAGCUGGAGCUUCAGGUCUUCCUUCAAUCAGACAUGCCUUACUGUACCCGAAUGUCGAAGUUACCUGCUUCGAAAAAUCCAAUGAUAUUGGCGGAUUAUGGAACUAUAAACCUCACAAAACAGACCUGUCAACUGUAAUGAAGUCUACAGUAAUCAAUUCAUCGAAAGAAAUGACUGCAUUUUCUGAUUUUCCGCCAGAAGAUACGAUGGCAAACUUCAUGCAUAACAGAGAAAUGUGUAGAUAUUUGAAGAAUUAUGCAAAGAAUUUCGGACUUUUGAAGUAUAUUAUGUUGAAUCAUUCGGUUGUUUCAAUUGUUCGAAAUGAUGAUUAUGAGACAAGUGGAAAAUGGAAAGUACGAUAUACCGAUGGGUUAGUUUCUUGA